CGUUCGCCUGCGCCUUUCCAUGUCGCCACGAAGGCUGACAACAGCAACAACAAAUGCCAAGCAUCGCAUUGGAUCGGAUUCUCCUUGUUACAGGGCCUUGAGGGUCUACUAGAACUCUUUCUAAAAUCUUUCCCAUGCCAUCUGCAGCGCCAGUCUUUGUCAACAAUGAGACUGCGAUUCGGACCUUCAUCACCCAUCACGAACCCAUACAUUGGCACCGAGACACGAAGAACACCAAGCUAGUUUCUUUGUAUACAGCUGCAACAUAAAUCAUGGCUCCUGUCAAAUCGCUCGCCGAACUGUGCGUUGCGGUGUGCCAAAGACACAUCACCGAACUGAGCAGUGUUGGAAACGGCGACACCCUUCAAUACCACCAUGUCCGCGACAUUCUCAUGAGGGUCACGAACCCAGCCCAGCUCCGCGAGAUCGAAAUCAACUCCCCUCACAUCCAAGGCGAAACCUCCGAAAUUUGGUUGCGCCUCAUCAAGAAGGAGUUUCCAACCGAAAGUCACGAUAAGAACUAUGCCCCCAAGAACCCGUCGAAAUGGUAUAAGAUAUACGAACGAUAUGCCGAGGAACGCCGUCAUGCCCAACAACAGGCUGAGGCUGAGUUGCUUGCAAGGGUCCAAGGCCUGCAGCAGAAGAAGGAUAACAACGUCAGCAGGAUCGUUGAUCCAAAGUUUGCAAGGUUCCUCCCGAAGCCACCUAAAACAGGCCGGACUUUCGGAACGCGAGGUCGGGGAGGAAAGGACCUCCCCAGCUCCCUCAGUUUCGCGGCCGGAAGCAGGAUGAAGACGACCACGGGCGCCAGUGUUAUGAAGAAAGCCCGUAGAGAGGCCAAGGAGAUUGUUGGCAUAAGAAGCAACCUGGCCGUCCCCACAGGUUUAAUCAGAGCCCCGCGACUGAGCAAGGCUCCGCCUUCGAUGGCCGCCGAGCAUCGGAUCUCAACUCAGCCGGUAUUUCGACCCACAUCUACCAGCAGCCGCCCUCCCACGCAUUCUACAUAUGUCGCGGCAUCCAAGACCACUUAUGUUUCCGACUCGUCAGACGAUGAGGGUGGCGAUCUGUUCGGCGACGAAGGAACGCCCAGGCAGAAGGGCAAGAUCGGCAGCUCGGCUGGCCCCAUCUCCUCCCCCAACAAGCCUACAGGGUCCAAAGAUCGCAAUCCCUCCACAUCUGCCAACUCCAACUCAGGAUCUAAACCAUCUCCUCCCUCGUUAAAGCUGCAGUCGGCAGGUCUACGACGUGGUGGCGGCAUUCUCGGAAAUGCACCUCGGGCAAAGAGCAACAUUAGAGUCGAAAGACCUCCGCCCAAGCCCGAACCAGCCAGCAGAAUUGCAGAGCCGCCUCGCGCCCACAAACUCCUUGCUCAGAACAAUGACCCGCAGUCGCCACCGUUGCCCGCAUCCCUUGACGAAAUGCAACCGACUCGCCCGACCUUGGGUAACCAGGAGCUGCCUAGAAAGAGGAAGGCGGUUGACAUAUUCAUGCCCAAGAAAAAGGGCAGACGCUGAGACAUUGAGUGGCCUUGCACAUUAUUGGUUUAGUGGGGGACUGAAUACUCUUUGCGCACUUGUGAUAUAUGCUAAGGCGUUGAGAGACACGGAUGGUAAAUGAUACUGGAAUUCGGACGUCAGCAGGAUUUGGCAUAUACCCAUUGCUUCGGAAUGUACCCAAGCCUACAAGCUGUAGGCAUCAACAUCGGCCUAAGUUUCGUCAUAUGCACAAUACAGCGGUUGAUUUUGAAUAUGUUUGGUGGAUCGGCUUUUCAAAUAAAAUAUGAA